UUACAGUUACAUUUUAAAUAGAUGGUAAUCAAAAUACAGUUACAUUCAAAAAGUAUUUUAGAUUACCAAAGGGAUUACUUUGAAUUUUUAUGUCAUUUAUUUCAUUUAAUAGGCUAUUAACGUAAGCUGUUUGAGGAUUUUUAACCAACGAGCCAAUGUUGAUGAUUCUCAGACUCUGUCCUUUAUAAAAAAAAAAUAAAAAAAAACGCACGCUGCCUGUUCAGAUAUUAACAACCUGCAGAGUGCAGACAUGAGAUCGCACACAAAAAAUGGACGGGAAAACAGGGCAUAACGCAUUUCUCUGUUGGAAAUUCAAAGACAGUUUUACUUAUAUAAACAUGAAGGAGGACGUACAGUAACAUCAUAGCGCAAUGCAAGCUAUGUCUACCUGCAACAAAACUUCUAUCGGCUUCAAAGGAUUCAACAUCUAAUCUGAAAAAGCAUCUUGAGGCCACUAGGAAUUCUGUCAGGGGUCCUGAUGACCAGUCCGGACCUGCAAGCCGAAGAAUUUCACAAAUGCACAAACCUGUUUUGGGAACCAGUUUAAGGAGGUGCCAUUGAGUAUAAAUUCCCCAUGCUGAUGCAGUCAACUACAUUGUUUAGAGGUUCACUUAUCUUACAGUGUUUUCCAGGUACUUCCUUUACAGACAAAAAAAUGUCAGACAGCCAAGAAAUUACGGUCGCAAGUAGCCCCGACUUUGUUACGGAGCUUCUUCCAUCUGCUCAGCGCACAGCUUUGCUCUACCACCUCUCUUAUCUCUGCCUGGCUAAGUUCCCCAAGUUGGAGAGGGUUCUCCGAGAGCGUGCUGUUGAAACUCAGCUUCUCUUUGGAUCCUCAGAGGCUCUGCUGCUGAAGUGUGCGGCCACAAGUAAAAACCUGGUUUCCACGCUGCUGCCUGCGCUGAAGGUUGCUGUUGAAAAGGACAAAACCAUUUUGGCAAUUAAGUCCCUGGAAAAAGCCAGACAAUGGAUCAGUGAAAUUGUUGACAAAGUGGAGAAGAUGGUAGAUAGAUAUGAGAAACACAACCACAGUGUGGCUUCCUGCACCAGUGAUGUAAUUCUUGAAAAGACUGAGACAGAAAAAAGAAAAGCACAAACUACUAAGGAGAUAGAGGCUCAGGAGACGGUGGUGAGGGAUCUCGAAGAUCAACUGAAGAAAAACAAUGAGCAGAUUGGACAAAUUGAGGCAAAGAUUGCACAGAAAAACCAAGAACUGCAGAAUCAUGUCAAAGAAGCUUCUAGCAAAAGUAAUGGUCUCAGUCUCUUUGCUGCCCUUGUACCAUUUGUUGGACCCAUUGUUAAAUCAAUUUAUGAUGCUAAAACUGGCCCUGGUGUGGCUGCGAAAACCCAGGGUCUGUCCAGCGAAUUGUCUCAACUCUCCUUUGAUAAAUCAAGCCUGAUGAGCAAGGAGUGGAACAUCCAUGUCAGGAUGACUGAUAUGCAGCUGAAGUUGGCAAGCAUGAAAAUUGAAAAUGGUUCAAUACCGGACCCUGUCCAUCUGAAUGAUGUCCAAAAAUGCCUUUCCCGUAUCCAAAAAAUUCUGAUUCAGCUUCAGAAGUUCUGGGAAUCAGUGAGUGUAAUGCUGGAGGCUCUCAAAGACGAGACGUUUGCUAAUGAACACUUCAUCGAGGAGAGUGAAAUGAAGGAGAUCUUUCUGGAGUCUAUUAGUACAGCACAAGGGCAUUGGAAAGCCUUCGGUGAAUCCUGUCUGAAUGCAAAGAGCAUCUUUAGCUUGCAGACUAAAGAUGCGUAUAAGUUUCUGGAGACCAGCCCAUCUUCACUGUCACCAGAGGAAUGGAAAAAAGAGUAUGACGCUGUCAUAGUGGAUCUGAACAAAAUAAAUCCGGAUCCCUUUACUCCUGAAGCACCAGCUCCCAUUACUCAGUAAUGUAGAAAUGUAAGAAGUCUUUACAGUACAAAUAGCGUACAUGCCUAUAAUGUUUCAGGCUUACUGUUUUGAAUAAUGCAUUUGUUUUUUCUGAUGCCUUUUUAAUAAAACCUUCUUUAAGUGA